CUAUUAUUUUGCAUUUUUUAAGUUGAUUUUAUAAAUUAUGUAGUUUAUCCUUAUUCCAUGCUGUCAACCACAGUAUGCUGUACAAUGUAGAUAGUUUAUCAACAUUCAGGUCUUUUUUCUUUUUGUUUAACAGACUGUUCUGUAAUGUGCUAAGUCUAUUGUCAUGGGAUCAUUUUCCAAGUGAUUCAAACCACAGUAUUUAACAGUAGUCAGUCAAAUGCUUUGGUAAUCACAACAACGCUUUCAACAAUCACGUGCUCGACUGAGAAAGAAGAAACCAAUAGAGGUCACUGCAGUACAAUGGCUCAAGUAAAAAAAGUGUGGGCCUGACACUUAAAAAAGUACCGGGAGAAGGUAAUACGAAUUUUGGAGAUGAUUAGUAUUGUAGAUAUGUAGAAGUAACUGAGACAAAAAAAAAAAUCAUCAGAAAAAAGGGGCAAAAAUAAGCCUUUGUUAAUCAAAAAUAUUUUUUUUUCAGAUUGUUACUCAAAGCCUUGGACUUUUAAGUAAAUACACUAGCACUCAAUAAAUGUAGUGCCUUUAUUAUGAACGACACACUAACUCUGGUAAUUUCUGUAAAGCACCCAACUUAAGAAGAGUUUAACUAUAGUCUACCUAUAAACAUUUCAAUGUUUAGUGAAUCCUUACAUUUAUCUCAUGACUAAAUCAUAACUGAAAACCUUUUCUUUACGAACUAUUAAUAUAUGGAAGACGAGGAAACAUCAGUGACUCAUCAGUGGAUACAGAGCAUUUUACGGAUUUAUCAUAAUGUUAAUGUUGGUUCUAGGAGAUCUGACCUGUUAAUUUAGCUGAAUGACAAAUGAAUAAAAAAAAAUCCCUCAAAAACUGGCUAACAAUGAAAAAUGGGGAUAAAAAUAUAUUAAAUAUCUUUGUAUGUGUGUGAAUAUGUGAGACGGAGUUCAUCCACGGUGAAAACGAAGGCACAGAAGAGAGUCACGAGCUCAGGCGGAAUGAGUGUUUGGAAACGACGGAGACAGACAGCGCGGUGAGGUGACUGAGGUGGACGCUUGGUCAGUGAGAACUUAACAAUGGAUGUGUCUAAAAGGAUCAUCAGAAAUCUGGAACCAGCGAGACCUCUGCGCCGUCUGAACAUAAAUCAAGUGCCCCAAAGUUAUGCUGAAGUUAAGCCGGUAGAAAAGCCAGAUAACAUUAUUAAAGUGGAGCAUUUCUAUGAAAUCCUGCAUCUUCAAAGCACCAGCCCCCAACCGAAAAAGAAAGCCCAAAGAAUUUGCUACACUCGGGACUUCCUCAUCAAGUUGGCAAGUUGUCCAAUGGCUAAGAAGAAACCUGAGUUUUUACCAGAACAUCCGAUCGUUUUGGAGAAUGGAAGAUCAAAUGAUGUGCCUGAGUACUUCAACAACAUCAUCAACAACAACAACAACGAGGAAUUGGCUGCUUAACGUGGGGAAUGUCUUACAGUCUUUUUUUUUUAUUCUUGAACUAAAACUGCACUGCAUGGGGAUCAAGUGAAAAGGAUCACAAGUUAAAUUGAUAACUUGGGUAUGGGUAUGAAGGGUACAAAAACAUUUCAUCUCAAGCUUUUCACUGAACACAGAAGUUAUGUAAAGACAAACAUUAAUACAGCUAAGAAAUGGUAAAAACCUCUAACAGGUGUUGCAAUGCUUGUUCCUAACCAGUCCACAGUACAGAGAGUCGAAUGAUACUGACAGCACUGUUGCCUUGAUCCUUGCAAAAAAAAUUCCACAUCCCAAUUUGUCAUGUUAAACUCGUUCUUCCUUUCUUGACCACGACUACACUCAAGUUUAUAAGUUACCGUCUCGAACAUUUGUAAUGUCCAACUCAGGCUUUUGAUCCCUGCCUAAUGUAGGUUGUGUUAAUACACCGCUCUAAAACUGUUCUAGAUUCAUGGUCUGUGGUGUUAACAUUAGUUUUUUUUUGUGGAUAUUUGGUUUUGAAGUGUUUAAGAUUGAAGUGCACCUUAAAUAAUAGACUGAUUCUGGCAAGUUCAUAUGCCUGAGUUACACUUAAGAGAGGCAGAUUGGAAAGGUUUUCACUUUUUCAGUAUUGAGGCUGGACAUUAUAGAGAGAUGAGACUGGCAAGCAAAACUCUCAUUAUCUUAUGACAAUUAUUGAGCCUGUGGAUGGGUAAUAAUAAGCUUUUUUUAAAGCUAUUUUCAUUUUUUUUGCAAGCACUUUUGCAAGCACCUAUUUUCACACUUGAAAAUAGGUUUCUUUAUUUAUAUGCAUAUGUUUUAAAUUUAUUUCAUUCAUUGCUGUGAAGUGGAUUGGAGCACCGAAUAAGUGUUUGUUACAGUACUGUAGCCCUUUCAGUAUUAUAAUAUUAUCUUAUUAGAAGUUAUUAGAAAGAAAUGUAAAAAUAGACCAAUCUGGAUCUUAUGCAAGGAUUUUUUUUUUCUUCCCCUGAUUUGCACAUCUGGGCAGAGGCAAUAUUUGCUUUUUGUAUCACACUGUCAUUUGUCAACCCAUUGUCUCAACUUGAAAUUGGAUUUAUUCCACUAAAUAUACUCACUAAAGAAAAAUUUAUUUUA